GAUCAAGGUCUUCAAGGACGAGGGCGACGGAGAGGACGAGAAGAGAAGUUCCGAGAACCUAUUAGAGGAGAAGUCGAGUCUAAUCGAUUGGACCGAAAGCGAGGAGAAAUCCGGAGAGCCAUACCCCGGCAAACUAUCUGUGAAGUCGGAUCUUAGUCCAGUUUUUGGUAAAUUCGAACCGCAUCCGGCGGCUGGCUUCAACAUGGGUUACCUGGUGGCUCCUUAUCCAUACCCUAAUGGUGGCGCCCAUCCUCUUCCUGUUGCUAUGACAGGAAAGAUGGGGCUGCCAGCAGGCGGUAGCCUAUCGCUGUUCUGCCCUGGUGGAGAUCUGGGGCAGCCCCCUCCCGCGCAUAUGGGCAUACCCCCACCCUACCAGCUAGAUUCUAAACUAGCGGCUGGGCUAGCGCGAACACCCAUGUACCCCUUUCCGGGGGGUACGUACCCUUACCCUAUGCUCAGUCCGGAGAUGUCGCAAGUUGCGGCUUCCUGGUUGACAUACGGUCAUCAUUUCGACAGGCAUACUCCGAGCAUGUAUCCUAUAUCGUCGGCGGCGAGUGGCUUCAGGAGUCCAUACCCCACGUCAUUGCCUAUUUCUAGUUCUAGUCUAUCAAGUGAAUUAUACCGGUUUUCUCCGACGCUGGGCGGGGGUCUCGGUUUGGGUCUAGGACCUGCGCUGGUGCCCCCUCCCCCCUCGAAGGCGGACCUCGAUUCCCACCAUUCGCGGUAUGCUAGGUCAUUAGAGAAAGGUAAUGGCGGCACCCCGAAUGACAAACCGUCGGAGUCCUCGGCGAACUCUAACAAGGAACAAACAAAGAAACCUCACAUAAAGAAACCACUAAACGCUUUCAUGCUCUACAUGAAGGAGAUGAGGGCCAAGGUUGUCGCCGAAUGUACCCUAAAGGAAUCGGCGGCCAUCAACCAGAUAUUAGGACGACGGUGGCACUCGUUGAGUCGCGAGGAACAAGCGAAAUACUAUGAGAAAGCGCGACAGGAGAGACAGCUCCAUAUGCAGCUGUACCCGGGCUGGAGCGCGCGUGACAACUACGGUUACGGUUCCAAAAAGAAAAAGCGGAAAAAGGACCGCAGUCCCGCUGAGCUGGGAGGGAAUAAUUUGAAGAAAUGCAGAGCGAGGUUCGGCCUCGAUCAGCAGAAUCAGUGGUGCAAACCUUGCAGGCGGAAGAAAAAGUGCAUGCGGUACAUGGAAGCACUGGCGGCGGCCGCGUCGGGCGGCGACAACCUCCCCACCCAGUCCCCCUGCUCUGAGGAGGACGUCAAGCUCGAGGAGAUGUCGGACGCGUCCAGCGACGAAGCGGACACCGCGCUCAACUCGGCGUCCAGUCCGGGCGGGCUGAGCGCGCUGUCGUCGCUCGCGUCGCCCGCCUCCGAGCCGCCGGCCCGUCACCCGGUAGGUACGAACCCGCGUGACGUCAACAACCCCCUGUCCGUCGGCCAGCUGACGUCACAGAGCUGGCCCCGCGCCGCCCAGCCGCGUCCCACGCACGAGGUCAUCUCCGUCUCGUAGUCCGGCGAGCGUGUUGGUUGUGAUAUUGAACUGUUGAUGUUGUUGAUCGCUCGAUGACGUAGCGGAUGUCGUCGCUCCCCCCCCCAACCCCCCUCUCUGAUUCGGGUUUAUUUGAACCGGGUGCUAAAUUAACGUUUGCGAUCUCUGACGUCGAGGAACAUCGACAUUUCGUGCGCGAACUUACCCGGAAUCGUGUUUAUGUCCGGGUCUAUAAAAAAUAUUUUUUUUUUUGUUUAUCGUGACACCGCCGAUUGUGAGGCCUAAUGUAAAUUUUAUCUACCUAUGACCGAAUGUGCGAUGUUCCUCGAAAUCAGGAUUACUCUAAAAACGCGAUGGUUACGUUUUCUGUUAAUAUGUUUUGUUUUUUUUAUAAACACAUUUGUGAAUUUAACGCGAAAGUCUAUUGUUUCGACCGCGCCCGAAACGUUUUCGCUAAAGGAAUUUAUUGUUUUCAUUUGCUCUAUAACUCACCACGACACACGAGUUCGCAGCGCGGCCGUAACUUUGCUUUUACGAUGAUAAAUAGUCAUAUGAUCUCAAAAUCGCGAGCCCAAAUCGAGUCAUUUACAAUGUAUUAUUUACCUCUAUCCAUAUUUUUAGUUUCCAAAUACGCUUCAGGAAAUUUAAUUGAUAACAACGCCAUCUAGCAUCUUGUCCGUUAACUAAACACUAUUAACGUAAAUAAUUCUUCAUCAAGAUAACAACUGACGUUUUAGUUCUAAAGAUGAAAUGUAGGUGGCGUUGAACUUGACUUUUCUUACUGUGCCUUUUACUGAUUCUGGAAAGAAACUAUUUAAGCAUUGUACAUGAAUAUACUACAAAAAUAAACAAAUAUUUGGUUAGUAAAAGUAUGGCAUGGAUCAAGACUAAUUCUUAAAAACGAUUUUCAACCGAUCUUAUAACCGCAAUGAAUAUUAUAAUGACGAUCUAAGCUGUCUAAAAUUGUUUAUAAGGCCUCAAAAAUGAAUUGUAAUUUGACUUGAAUCGUUCGAAAUAAAUAUUUUUGAUACUUUGACCAAAUGACAAAGAUUUAUUAGCUCUCAUCAUUUUAAUUCUAUGUGAAGAUUAAAUCUAACAUUUUAUUUUAAGUUUAAGCUCACGAGUAGUGAUGGUUUGAUUGUUGCGGGAGAAAGGCAGCGAUGUACCGAUCGUUUGCAAACAAUACAACCGAUUGUCGAUGUCAUUGUCGAUGUUCAGUUUGACACGGCCAUCACUACCCAUGAGUCGUUGCCUUUAUAAGCUUCAGUAACAUAAAAUGCAUGACGCGUAAUUUUAUUUAACUAUUGAGGCCUCUGAUUCUUCGUUUAUCUGUCGGCCUGCACCAGACUAAGGUUCCAUUUAGUGUUAGUUUCGGUUUAGUUUAUAAAUAUUUUCCUUUCGCGGUAAGCGUGUAAAGUAAUGUUAAGGCGGAGCGAAGGGAAAAUUGUUUUUCCGUUGUGCGGAACAUGUAGACUGUCAUAGGUUAGAUUAGAAACGUUGUAUGAGUGAAUUUUAUUCAAUUGAUUGUGUACCGAACGCCCGUUAUUUUAUAGUUUCAUUUUACUUGAACGUUCUUUUUGUUUUAAAGCGCCAUCUAUGUGACACCAUUUAGUUUAAGUUAUGACUGCUAGAUGGCGCUAAUUCGACAUUUUUCCUAAACGUCUUUCGGUACACCUUCAAACUGUAUAUGUGUAAGUACAUAUAUGAUAUAAAUGUAUAAUAUAUAUAGGUAUAAUCUAAUUGUGUCAUACUAGUUUAAGUGUAUUAUGCUAAUUACAUAUGUAUACAUUUAUUACGAUAUAAAAAGAAAUUUUCAAAAUGAAAAUAUUAGUUGGAAAUAAUGACUCGGGAGAUAUGAACACGGUUUUAUUCGCAAGCUCCAUUUAGAUGUUGUAUUUGUAAAUAAAUUUGUAAUUCACUAAUUGAAUAUUUAGGGACGUUUUUUUUUUUGGUAUAAAAAAAAUAUUGCAUUUAUAUUAAUUAUUAUAUGAAAAAUAACACCCUCGGAAUGUUCACGGACGGUUUUGUUUUAUUCAACAAAUAAUUUUUUUUGUUAAUUACUUUUUAUUGUUAUUAUUAAGAUUUUUAAACGUUGUUAAAUGCAAUAUCGAGCCAGAUUUUAAAUGAAAAAUAAUAAUAAUAAUUGUGCGUUUUGAUUUGGAUUUUAUUACGGAAAUUUUUAACUGACGAUACAUCGGAAACAACACUGCGUAUCAUUAUCAGUUACCAUGUGCUUGAUUCGAUGCGAUUUGACUUUUACAUGAAAAAGAAUAUAUAUUUGCAUGUCCCGAAAACACAAUGGAAUUUCAUGUUAGUUAAUGUUACAUAUUAAAUAUAAACAUAUGACGUCAAUAUCGUAAUUAGAUAUGUUUUUUAAAUAAUUAUUGCUUAAAUAAAAGAGAAAGAUUUUAUGUUUGUCAGCGGAUAUGGACAUUUUUUUAUUGACAUUAAAAGUGUUUUCUUUUUUUUUUAAAACCAUCUAGAACAAAUUGUUUGGAAGUUGUCAGUUUGUGCCAAAUUGAAAGAAAGAACAGGUUAAUCCGGGAUACCUCUCAAUUCUGAUCGUAAUUAAUAUGUUGAUAGAUUUUAUAAGUUGUUUUUUAUUGUUAAGAAGGGUCAGUAAGGCUCAUACGAGCAAGUUACAAUUUAUGUUUAGUAGAAGAAGAAAAUUAAGAAGAAAUAAAAUUAUGUUUUCAAAUUAGAAAAAAAAAGAGACGAUAAUAAUAAAAACUCAAUCUUACUAGGUCUGAUCCCAUUUCUUGUGUUCAGUUGAACGAAUAUUAUUUUAAUAAACAACUUAAAAAUUGUA